AUGAAUGAUGCCAAAGAAUCAUUUAUAUUAUUUACCGAAAGAGAAGACUUUGACAAAAAUCAAGUAUUUGAAAGCAAUUUUUAUCCAGAGACAAAAGGAGGGUAUUCUUUUCUUGAAUUAUGUUGUUAUCAUGGUGCAGUUAAUUGCUUUAAACUAUUGAGAUCGAAAUUCAAAUCUGAAAUCACAGAAACAUGUCUUAAACUAUCAUUUUUGAGUGGAAAUGCAGAGAUUAUGAAUGAAUGUUUGAAAUACCACAGACCGGAUAAAAAAUGCAUGCAAUUUGCAAUUAUUUCUCAUAAUAUCGAUUUCGUUUCUUUUUUGAUUAAUGAAUACAGUUUAGAGAUUGAUUUAGAAGAUUGCUCAAAUUAUAACAAUAUUCAAGUAUUUUUUGUUUAUUUAGAUCAAACUAAGGAUAUCAACAAAUGCUUUGUCUAUUCAGCAUUUUUCAACAUUCCACCCCUUUGUGAAUAUUUUAUUUUAAAUGGGGCUGAUACAAAUUCAAUGAUUAACUUUACACUAACUGCACUUAAUAUUUGCGCUUCUAAAAAUUUAUAUGAAUUAGCAGAAUUUCUAAUAUUGCAUGGAGCAGAAGUCAAUGCAAAAGAUAAUGAUGGGUCAACAGCUCUCCAUCUUGCAGCUAAAAUGAAUUGUUGCAAAACUGCAGAAGUUCUUAUUUUGCAUGGAGCUGAUAUCAAUGCAAGAGAUAAUAGGGGAGAAACUCCUCUUCAUAUUUCUGGAUUUCAUAAUAAUAAAACAUUUAUAGAAUUUCUUUUAUCCCAUGGUGCAGAUAUAAAUUCACAAGAUGAUGAUGGUGAUACUGUUCUUCAUCUAUCAGCCAAACGCAAUAAAAAUGAUAUGGUAGAAUUUCUCAUUUCUCAUGGUGCAAAUAUCAAUGUCAUGAAUAUUCAAGGUCAAACACCUCUUCAUUUUUCCGUAUUUAAUAAUAACUUGGAAAGUACGAAAGUCCUUAUUUUACAUGGAGCUGAUGUUAAUAAAAAGGAUUUUUAUGGACAAACAGCACUUCAUCUUACAACAUUUAAUGAUAAUAAGGAAAUAGCAGAACUUCUUAUAUUGCACGGAGCAGAUAUUAAUGCAAAAGAUAAUAUGAACCAAACCACUCUUCAUUAUUCAGCUGACUAUAAUAGUGGUGAAAUUGCAAAACUUCUGAUUUCGCACGGAGUAGACAUCGAUGCGAAGGAUUGCAGUGGAGAAACGGCUAUGAAUCAUGCUGCAAGAAAAAAUCAUAGAUAUAUUAUUAAACAACUUAUCCCUUAUUGCUCUUUCUCAUAG